UGUGACUUCCUUUGGAUGGUUGGUGACAUUUGUCAUUGUGCCCAGUUUCUAUGAGUAAAAGAUGGGUGGAUUAUUUUCUCGAUGGAGGAUGAAUCAUAUGAAAUUGCCAAUGUCUAAAUGCUUAUGAAAAUGGCAGUUUCAUACAGUUCAGCCUGAAAUUAACAACUCUUAUGGAAACUAAAAAGAAUUCAUAUUCAUUACUCUGAUUGUUGAGUAUGUAAUUGACAAAACCUUCAACUGUGGAAGUUCUAGAAAAUAUAGAUAAGGAAAUUCAAGCAUUGGAAGAAUUUAGGGAAAAAAAUCAGAGAUUACAAAAAUUAUGGGUUGGAAGAUUAAUUCUUUAUUCUUCAGUUCUCUAUCUGUUUACAUCCUUAAUUGUAUACUUGUGGUACCUUCCCGACGAACUCACAGCAAGACUUACCAUGACAUUCCCAUUUUUUGCUUUUCCAUUGGUCAUCUGGAGCAUAAGAACAGUCCUUAUUUUCUUCUUUUCCAAGAGAACAGAAAGAAAUAAUGAAGCAUUGGAUGAUUUAAAAUCCCAGAAGAGAAAAAUACUGGAAGAAGUCAUGGAAAAAGAAACUUAUAAGACGGCUAAAUUAAUUCUUGAAAGGUUUGGUCCAGACUCAAAGAAAGCAAAGGAGUUUGAGCCGCCAUCUGCUGGAGCAGCUGUAAUUUCAAGACCUGGACAAGAGAUUCGUCAGCGAACUGCAGCUCAAAGAAGUGUGUCGCCAGCACCCCCAGUCUCUAACCAGGGCCCUGCUCCUCAAGUUCCAGUAUCUCCUGGACCACCAAAGGAUACUUCAGCCCCUGGUGGACCCCCAGAAAGAACUGUUACUUCAGCCGUACCAUCAAAUAUGUUACCAAGACGCCUUGGAUCCCCUGCUACUUCUGUGCCUGGAAUGGGUCUCCAUCCUCCAGGUCCACCUUUAGCAAGACCCAUUCUUCCCCGAGAACGGGGUGCUUUGGAUAGAAUUGUUGAAUAUUUAGUUGGUGAUGGUCCACAGAACAGGUAUGCACUUAUAUGUCAACAGUGUUUUUCUCAUAAUGGCAUGGCUUUGAAAGAAGAAUUUGAAUACAUUGCUUUUCGGUGUGCCUACUGUUUUUUCUUGAAUCCUGCAAGAAAAACUAGACCCCAGGCUCCAAGGCUUCCAGAGUUUAGUUUUGAGAAGAAGCAGACUGUAGAAGACCCAAGUGUAGUUGGUCCUUUGCCAUCUGAAAGUUUGCCUCCACCGGAUAACCAAUUUAAUGAAGAACCUUUAAAAGAGCAAGAUGUUCUUGAAAAUAGUACAGAGGAAAUAGAUGAAGAAAUAUUAACUUCGGAGCAGAUAAAUCCGGUUGUUGAAAACGCGUCAAUCUCAGAGGAACCAGAAGAGAAAGAAGAGACUGAGAGUGAGGAAGCAGUGAAUGAAGCUGAAUCUGCAGUUGCCAGACGUGAUUGUAUUCCCAACCCUGACCUAAGUGGAGAAGCUUCAAUGACAGAGUAGUAAAUGCUUCUACGUGCCUUCAACUGGAUAUGUGUAGUCUUAUUGAUGUCGGUUACUGGUUUUUAGAUGGUACUUGAUUUCUUCUGUUUUUGCACCUCUGAGUUGAUGCUUGAUAAUAUUUGAAUUCAGAUUGUCUAGCUAGUUCCAUAUAUCAGAGUUGUAUCUUCUAGGUGUUAAUUAAAAGCAAGUGAUAUCCAUAAAGGGAGAAUGUUUUGAAUGUACAAAGACUCACACUAUUUAGACAAAUUUUAGAUUUUUUUUUGGUCCACUCUAAAACAAGAUGAUCAUAUUGUUUUCUGUAUGUGUAGCUUGUAAAUAAUAUCCAUUUUGACAUAGGAAGAACUUUGGUUAAGAGCAACUUCUCUAAUAGUGUUUUUUUAAGGGAAUGAAAAACACUGAAGAUUUGGAGAAUAUUAUCAUUAAAAAUGAAUAGAAUUUUAUCUCUUGAGAUAUUGCCAGUAGGAGGGAAAUGUGUUUAGGUGUUUACAUUAAGGGAUAUGAAAGUUUUUUUAACUGUUGCUAUUUGACAUUGGUACGAAUUCUCAAUAGGAAUGCAAUUGAACAGUCAAGUGCAGUGUUUCUUUUUGGUGUCUUUUAUUUUGCAGCUGGGCCAAAGGCACAUGAUGUACAUAAUUAGUUUAUGUUUACAUAUUAACAUAUAGGAAAUAUUUCUGCACUUGACUACUUGAAUUCUGAGUAUUAUUUAUACUUGUAAAAUAAUGACAUAUAAGUGAAUUUUGUGUUCUUGUGUGUAUUUUUGUUAAGGAAAAUAAAGAUUAUAUGGCAGCAAUUUCUUUUUGUUAAUAUUUAUAGACUUUUUCAAGUAGUGUCUUGGUGGAUGUUUUGGCUAUCUGAAAAGUCUUAGUAGGAAGGGCUUAUAAUGCAGUCAAUCAUAGAUCCUGCUUAGAGCAAAUUAUGAUGCAUACAUUCAGAUGUGUUGCCUUUUAAAUUCAGAGAACUAAGGAGAUUUAGAAGUUCUAAUCAGAGGUUAGGUUUUUCUGAUUAAGGAGUAACUUGGCCCAUUUGUUAUCUUUUUGAGAGACAAUGUUUUGUGAGAAUAGGCAGUUAAUUGCCAAUAAAUCAUUGGAAUUAAUACACAUGCUAAGUAUAAGCUGGAAAAGAUUUAGAAUCAUGAUAAUAAAUCAUGGACGUUAAAUACAGUGUCAUUAUCUUUUGUAGUUUUCUUUUGUCUCUUUUCUCUAAUAUUAAGAAUUUGAAACUGUUAACGCCAAAGGGUGAAUAAGAAAUAAUGGUGUGUAUGGCUAAUGUUCCUAAGUUGUACACAGUUUAAUAAAGAUUGAAUAAAA